CGGCAGGUCAGCUGAUCGCUAGUGACGGCUGUUUGGUGCUCUGGAUAUCACAGAAACAUUGGGAGAGAAGGAGCGGCUAAGGCGCUGAUUGCUAACGUGAGGCCGAGCAGCGGGGGCCCCGCACUCCCGUCGCCUUCACGAUGAGUGUCGGCACUCCGAAAUCGCUGCCGACCUCCGGCCAGAAAUCCAUUAAUGAUAUCAGCCAUCCACUGUCUUAUGAAGAAGGCGUCCUCACACCCAGCCCUGAAUUGCCAAACACCAGCAGCAUCGGGGAGAAGGACUUGAGUUUGCCAAAUGGUACCCCUGUGGACACCUCCAGCCCUGCUUCCUCCUCCUCUUUGCUUAAUAGGUUGCAACUUGAUGAUGACCUAGACGGGGAGACCCGUGAUCUUUUUGUUACUGUAGAUGAUCCUAAAAAGCAUGUAUCUACUAUGGAAACGUACAUCACUUACAGAGUCAACACAAAGACUACAAGGGCAGAGUUUGAUUUGCCCGAGUAUUCAGUUCGGCGGCGUUACCAGGAUUUUGACUGGUUGAGAAAUAAGCUAGAGGAGACUCAGCCAACACAUCUGAUCCCACCACUACCUGAAAAGUUUGUUGUGAAAGGAGUCGUGGAUAGGUUUUCUGAAGAAUUUGUGGAGACUCGACGGAAAGCACUUGACAAGUUUUUGAAGAGAAUAGCUGACCAUCCUGUCUUGUCUUUUAAUGACCAUUUUAAUGUCUUUCUUUCAGCAAAGGAUCUAAGUUCCUACAAAAAGCAAGGUUUGGCUUUGCUGUCUAAAAUGGGGGAAUCUGUGAAGUAUGUGACAGGGGGUUAUAAACUUAGAUGUAGACCCGUGGAAUUUGCUGCAAUGGGAGAUUACCUUGACACUUUUGUUUUGAAAUUGGGGACCAUUGACAGAAUUGCACAGAGGAUCAUUAAAGAGCAAGCAGAGUACUUGGUGGAGCUCCGAGAGUAUGGUCCUAUAUACCUGAGUUGGGCAAAUGCAGAGGAUGAGGAACUGCAGAAGCCCCUUGAAGGUGUAGCAGGAUGUGUAUCCAGCUGUUCUACAGCAUUAGAAGAGCUUACUGAGGAUAUGAGUGAAGAUUUUCUACCAGUACUCCGGGAAUAUGUUCUUUACAUAGAGUCCAUGAAGAAUGUUUUGAAGAAACGAGACCAAGUGCAAGCAGAGUAUGAAGUAAAGCUAGAAGCUGCUGCCUUAAAAAGAGAGGAGAGGCAAGCAGUGCCUACAGAUGUGGAGAAGUGCCAAGAUCGAGUUGAAUGCUUCAAUGCUGACCUAAAAGCUGAUUGGGACAGAUGGCAAAACAACAAGAGACAAGAUUUCAGGCAACUGCUCAUUGGAAUGGCUGACAAAAACAUACAGUAUUACGAAAAGUGCCUUGCAUCGUGGGAAUCCAUCAUUCCACUAUUACAAGAUAAACCAGAUGCCAAAGGAGAAAGUCAUUCAUAGUUGCAGCUUGAAUGUCCAUACUGAGCUCUUACCACAGUGUGCACUACUUCUCUAGUCUGUGAAGAAGUACACUGUUUGUGUUAAAAGCACUCCUGGGUUACUUCAGCUUAGAAUGAGCCCAUCAUAGACUUUUUCAAGAUGAUGUGUGAUAUAUAUUUUUUUUCCUAAAAUGUACUCAGAUUUGUAAAAAAAGAAAAAAAGAAAAAAGCUCUCUGUCUCCAGGUCAUUCCUUUGGCAGUGUGCAUUGCUUUAUAUGUAUGUGUAAAUAUGAGGACUGUGCUAUUAUUGUUAUUAUUACUAUUAUUAUUUUUUUAAACUCUUUCCAAGAAUCCACCUCAGGGUUCCGCGGUUUUAGUUGAUUGGUGGGAUAGUAAAUAUUUUGGUUAAAAAAACAACCAGUAGGUUUGUUUCUUGAACACUUGGCAUGUAAAAUAAUUUCCUGUGAAGUCUACGUAAAAAUAUCCAUGAAUGGAAACCAAAAGAGUAAUGGACAGAUGGAACUGUAUGAUCCCUCUCUUUUGGGACACAGCAUGUAUCCAAAGUUUCUUUUCUUCUAAUCUUGUUAGGAAUGAUGGAGUAAAAUGCAGAAAUUUGAGUACUGUGUUGCUCAGUUGAGGUACUGAAACUGGCACCAGAUUGUGUAUCAAAAGCCUACUUUAUUAUCUGUUGUAAUGACCAAAAGCAGAAUUACUGGAGCCCAGUGCCAAUGAUCUGCUCAGCUAACAGCUCCAAUUUGAUUAUGUAGCACAAUUACUUCACUCACCUCUAAUAAAGUAAACCUACUGCAUGCAGAUUAGAAGCAGAAAUGUCCAAGUCCUUCCUAUAUUUUUUACCAUUUUUGCACGUUUUCAAAUGAAUGUCCUUAAAGGAGAUGCUCCUUGUGCCUUUGAGAAGUUGGUGCUUUAAAUAAAUUUGAAAACUUAUCAAAUGUGGGCUAAUUGGUCACAUGUGAAUUUCCAUGGUAAAGACACAAUUUGAUUAAACUGUGAUUGGGACAGACAUUAAGCAUUUCUGUGGUUGUCUCAACACUGAACCGUGACGUGAACCUGCUGCUACUUGUUCUUACAGUUUUGUUUAGACAGGAUUUGAUUUAUAGCGUAUCUACUGCAAAGGGAACAAGAACACUGAGACAAUGUUUGCCACUUAAAUGUACAUCAUUAUGUAAUCCACAGUGCAAAGUAAAUGAUACAUCAAUAACAGUAUGUUUAGAAGUUUAUUUAUAAGCUAUAAUUUGUAUUGCCCUUCAAAUAAAAAUUUUCAAAUAAGGAUACUAAAUGUCAGUCACUUCUGUGGUGGUUCUUUUCAUUGUGAGCCUCCACAUCCUCUUCACAUGUAUGGCUGCAAAAUUUGUGACUCCCAGUCUUUGCGGCGUUGUGGGGCUGCUUUGAAUAAGCUCAGUAUUUGAUUCGAUUUUUAAAGACUUUUUGUAAAGAUUUUCAACACAAAAGAAACAGAAGUUUUUAAAAAUUCUUAAGAAAUAUGGAGAGACUAUUUUUCUUGCCAUGUGUAGAUUCCUUUUAUUUGUACCCAUUUAAAGCUUUUUCCAUGCAAAAUUAACUUUUAUAAGAAGCCAGUAUGUUUACUGAUUUUUUUAUUUAUUUAUUUUUUUUUAAAUCGACAGUUUAACAGCACACACGUAAGACCUUCUAGAUGAAGUUUAGCUUUCUCAACUGGCACCUGCUUUCUUGCUAGUUUUUGUUAUCAGAAAUGAACGUGGGGGUUUUUUAAAAAUAAAAUUACACAAUUUAAAGAAAAUAACAUUUUAGCAUCCUUCCUUUUGGUGUUAUCCAUUCAGGAUUCAGUCUUUAAAGCUGUUUAUACUGUACAGUACUUUAAAAUAUUUUGAUAGUUUUAACUCAAGAAAACACUGGCAUUAAAGAAAAAAAAAUCUAAAAUUUUAAUUCAAAUGUAUCCCUGGUCAUAAAAACUGUGCAAUGAUUUAAGUGUGUUUUGAUUUUGAUUUUUUUCUUUGUUUUUGAAUAAACAAUUUUAAUGUUCGGUACGGUUAUAGUUGUGUCACUUACACCAGUACUAAGGACACAGUAGCCAUUGUGCUGGCUUGUCUAGAGUAUUGUUAUGUUUUACGUUUUCCUCCUCCUCUUGCUUAAAUAUUGUGGGUUAUGGUUUAUAGCUAGCUUAUCGAGAAGCUGAUUUGGUCAAUCUAGCGGAGCGUUAGGAUAAUAAAAUCUGCUUCUGGAUUAUCCUAAGGGAAAAGUGUACAAAGUGUUGCCUCGUCCAUAUUUCAGUAUAUUUUCGUCCAACACCCGUCAAAGAAAAUUAAGGCAUAGCUGGCAUGAUAUGUGGUGGCUUUUUGUAAGCGCAUAGCAAGACUGAUCGAGCACUGAAAUUUUGCUGCAUUUGAACUUCUUUGGUUAUUCUGUUCAUACACAUCUCGCUUAAGAUGGCCUUUGGUAGUGCACUAAACUUGGAAAUGCUAGUUCUUUACGAUGCCAUGAUAAGACACUAAUUUAAUACAACAUUUAAUAGGCAGCUUGAUUUACCCAGUCAAUCAAAUCACAGGAUAUAAGAGUACUUUGAUGACUGCUAUUUGCAAAUUGUAUACAAUUAGAAAAAAAAAAAUUGCUGUAAAGUUAAUGGGCAACUCAUAUGAGAGCAAUCACUUGUGUGUUUAUGUCCAAAUAGUUGGGGAAUUUUAUUAUUGAGAUCAGUUGGAUGUAAUGUUAUAUUUUGUUCCUUUCUAAUGGACGAAAAUUACUUAUGUUCAUAUUCUAUAUUUAAGGGAAAGUCCUCAUAUUUCUUCUUUGUCCAUCAAUGCUGAUGUUGCUACUGAAAAUGAUUUUAAAAAGCAAAUGCUGCAGUACUGUUUUUGACUUGCUGUUUUUGUUCAUAUUUGUUUCACAUUUGACCUUAUUUCAAGAAAAGGCAAUUUGUAUUGAAUAGGGCUGGUCUUGAACUAUUGGUAAUCAAUUGAUUGGCUCCACUCCAAAUUCGAAAAUCAGAAAGGUGCCGGGACACAAUAUG